GCUCUCUCCCAUGUCCUUGCCACCACGAAGGAUAGGAAAUGCUCUUGUUCACCCCAUUGGCCUCGGUACUAUGGGGAUAAGUGCUUACUAUGGCAAAAUUGGGAACGAUGAAGAGCGUUUUGAGGUACUACCCCGGUAGGCGCAACGGGUGGUGUAUAGUAACUCAAAACCGAUGAAACAGGUCCUGGACGCUGCUCUCGCUGCCGGAUGUAAUCAUUGGGAUUCUGCCGACAUCUACGGUGACUCUGAGGAACUCAUUGGGAAAUGGUUCAAACGCACAGGAAAGCGGGAUGAAAUCUUCCUGGCGUCCAAAUUCGGGUACACCCCCAACUUUUCUGGCGUUCGUGGCGAUCCCGAAUUCGUAAAAGGGCAAUGUGCUAAAUCGCUUGAGCGGCUCGGAGUUGACUUUAUCGACCUUUAUUAUGUUCACAGAACCGAUGCAAGAACACCUAUCGAGUUAACAAUUGGUGCUAUGACUGAGUUCGUCAAAGAAGGCAAAGUCAAGCAUCUCGGCCUCUCGGAAUGUACAGCUGCGGAUCUUCGUAGAGCUCAUGCCAUUCACCCCAUCUCUGCUAUCCAAAUGGAAUAUUCCCCUUUGUUUUUGGACAUCGAGAGCGAGGAACUCAAUAUCCUCAAAACAGCGAGGGAGUUGGGCGUUACUGUGGUUGCCUAUGGUCCUUUGGGUCGUGGCCUGAUCACAGGUCAAUUUAGAUCGCCAGAAGACUUCGAUCCAGACGAUACCAGGCGGACUAUUCCCAAGUUCCAAGCUGAAAAUUUCCCGAAGAUCCUCGAACUCGUAGACCGCAUUCGUGAAGUGGGUGCGAACCACAAUGAUGCGACCCCGAGCCAAGUGAGUUUGGCGUGGAUCCUUGCGCAAGGUGAUGACUUUCUGGUCAUUCCUGGUACGAAGAAAGUCGAGUACCUGAAGGAGAACAUGGGAGCAGCAGAGAUCAAGUUAAAUCCUGAAGAGAUCGCCCUCAUCCGCAAAUAUUCCGAAGCAUGCGUUAUUCCUGGUGAUCGUUAUGAAACUGUCUACAUGCAAUAUGUCUUCCAGCAAAGUCCCCCGCUUCGUGAGUGAUGGACAGAGCUAAAUCUACUCUUUGUACAACUACGUGUAGAGAAUUGAAUCUGCUUUGUGCCUGGUUAUUGAAA